UCCUGUGGUCGCAUCCAUGUUUUUGACGUCAGACGUGCUGUAACGCUGUAACGAUCGUAGCUGUCCCCCCAGCCCCACUUCGCACAGCGUCCUACGUGGCUACAACAUUUAGGUGUCCAGGCUUUUCUUGCACAUCUGUGACGACAUGAGUGGCAACGGUAAAACCGGCAUCAUGAGGCCUGCAAGCAGAUCUCCCCCUUUCGUCGUUGUCGGACUCUUGGUUUUGAUGUGUGCGCUUGGUUACAAAUACUGGAGUUUGUUGGGUCAACAUGGAGACCUGUCGGCUCAGUGGGAGAAGGCCCAGUCAGAGUUACGAGUAGUGUACGAAAAACAAAUUACAGCCGAGAAAAAAUCCACAGACUUGACAGGAGAGCUAACCCAAGAAAAACAGAACGUAGACAACUUGAAAAAGACCGUAGGAGAAAGAGACAAAAAAGUUGCAGAGCAGCAACAGCAGAUUGAGCAACUGAACAAGGAAGCCACAACAAUUAAGGAGUCGAUGGCCAAAUGUGACAAAGAAAAGGGAGAUUUACAAACAGAAAAAGAAAAACUUGCACAGGAAAAUACAAACCUGAAGCAAGAAGUGGAAAAAGCACGAGCUACACCCUGUGACAGAAAUGCUUGCAAGGAGCCUAUUCGAGAAGUAGUUGGUGAGCUAAACAGGAUUAUAGGACAGCCAACAGUUGUGCAGGCACUGAGCAAAGCCUCAUUCGAUCUUAAACCAAUUCUGGGUGAUAUGAUGGAAAGUGCAGGGAACCAGAAUCCAGCAGAUGGAGGGAAAGGACAACAACAGCAACAGCAGCCACCUCAGGUAGUAGCCCAACGGGCAAACAACAUUCAGAUGCAGCAGGCUGCAGUGGGAAGGGUCCCACAAAGGGGCGGGUUAUUGGAGCAAGGUGGUGGUGAACCUGGUGGGGGUGACAAUCUUAAAAUGGGUAGUGAAGAGCACUUGCAGGGACAGAGGGUGCAAGAUGAAGAGAUGAAUUUUAACCAGAUUGAAGAUAGGAAAGUGCAGGUGAUUCACCAAGACAGAGGCAAGCCUGAAGUUCCUCAGGUGGGAGUUUUGCAGAUGGAUGUCAAUGAGGAAUUGGUGGAAGAAGAGAACGGGAAACAGGAACAGUUGCCAGAGGAUGAGAUGGAUAAGCAAGCUGCAGCAAUCCAGGCUGCUCAAGAAUCUGCAGCAGCAAGGGAUGGCAACGUAGGAGACAGCAACUUGAAAGCACAUUUCCAAGACUUGAACCAGAAUGGGGCCAGCAAUCAGGAGGUCAAUAAUGAGGUGGAACUAUCACAACAAAGAAUGGAUGACUUUAACAAACAGGAGUUGAAAAGGUGGAAUGCAGAAGGAAAAAAGAAUGAUCAUCUAGAUCUGAUCUGAUAUCUGAUGCAGAUGAAAUCUGAUGGAGAAGUAACAGUGUUAGCACAACUGAACAAGCACAUGGAACAACACUUUGAACUUUAAAAUAUUUUUAACUCUAUUUAGUUGUUUUGCAGAAAGUGGUAUUUUUAUUUUUAUGGAUAUUUUUUCUAAAACAUUAAUUUCUAACAUUUACACUUUCAUAAAACCUAUGCAAGCAUUUCUGUUGGGAUGUUCAGUUCUUUGUGUACAAGAUUUAGGGUGAAGUUUUGGGAUUUUUUAAAAAAAUAUAUAUAAGAAGAAAAUUGAAAAGUUCCAGCAGGAUUUUUCUGGGAUUUUUGUAAGUCCAUAUCCAUGACUACUAAUUUUGAUAACAGCUAAUAAAUUGUACUGAGACUAACAUUCCCUUCUUAUGUGUUCCGCCCUCUUCUUCACAUGAACAUUCACUACAUUCGCCUCAUUUUGCCAUCCUAUCAUUGCACAUAGGACAUGUGGAAAUGCAAAAUAUGAAUUGGGUAAUAAAAUUUAUCACGAGCAAGUGAUGGGGUAUGAAUCACAUAUUUUUUGUUAACUUUUAAUCAAUUUAUAACAGUGUUAUUGUUGAUGCUAUUGUUUGGUUUUCACAUGUUGGUUAAUCACGCUUGAUUUAUUGUUGUUUAUGCCUUGCCUUGCAUAUCAUAGAUGAAAAAUUGUCAUGCUGUAUCAUUGAUGUUUCCAAAACUGCUGUGUGUUGUGGAAGCUAGAACAUUGUGAGAGAAAUGAAUACACAAGAGGUUGUUACUGCUGCUAUGCAUGCUUUGUGAUAUUUGUGGUACUUGUCAGGAAGUAAGAUCUUAUUUGCCAAUUCUUUAGCAUCUAUCCACAUUAACCUUACAUAAAGCAAGAGAAGGGAAAGACCAGAUGUUUGCUAAGCAUGAAAAACUGACCUCACUGGUUUUUCAGUUUAUGAUUUAAGAAGAGACCUCUUUCACUGUAGUUAGAAUAUUGGGUGGGGGGCUGAAGUUUUUAACUGCAGAAGCAGUUCCUUGAUUAGGGACUAAACUAUCAUUUCAUUUGACACCUUUGUACUGAUAAAUGCCACAGCAACCAGGCAUCAGAUAUACAAACCAGGACAAUGGCCAAAUUUGCAGAACAAGUGCAUUGUCACAGAUAAAUAAUAACUAAAAGUUGUAAUGCCAGUGACGUCACAUUGGCCCUGCUGUUUGUGUCCAAGACGUACCUUCACCUUCUGGGUUUUUCAUCGGUGACUUGUACUUUUUUGCUGUCUUCAACUUGUCCAUUGUCCUGGAAUAUUUUUCUCUAAUUAUGUACUUCCAGAUGUGAAAAGCUAUCAUGAGGUAGUCCUCAACAGGGGUGCCUUAAAUGUACUUAACAGUUUUGACAUGAAGCCACAAGAGAUUACAAAUCCAGGCAUUUUAUUUCAGGGUGUCUUUGCUAUUUUUGAUCUUACAAGAUGAAAGCUAAUUGUAAAAUUUAUUUUUGAAGGCUAGUGAGUGGUGGUCUUUAAUUUUGUAAUUUUAAAAUUUUUUUUAAUAAUUUGCAUGCUGUGCAUAAAUCUGAAGCAUCUGGACAAAUAAUUUUUUUACAAAUCUGCAUAAUAACAGCUAUUUUGACAAAAAAUAUUGGAGUGAUACAUUUAUAUUGUACUUAAUUCUCUCCCCUUUUCAUACCCUGAAUUGAAUCCAGUUAAUGAUAAGGGUGUGAACCACUCUGAGGCCAAUAAACUGUGUAGCCAUAUGUAGCAGAUACAGUGUGACUUUCAGGAUAAAAAGCAUGAUCAUGUGAUCAUUGAAUUGUGUUCAUGUGCACCUGUGAUAGACUAGGAUGUUUACUACAAAAUCAGAUGUUCCUUGUUGCAAACAUUUUUCUUUUUUAAUUAAUCAGGCCUUAUAAGAUGGUGGUAUCUAAAGUCAACACAUACAUUUCGUUUAUGUUGUUCCAGUGUGGUAAACAAAUUCAAAAAAUUGUGAUCAUUUGUUGAUCAGGGCUUAUUAUUCUCCAUACUUUAUUGGGUGUUUAAAUCGACCAUGUUGGAUCACAGGAGGCUGGUCGUUUUGACCAUUGGCCAGUUUGAACAUUUGCCAGUUCGACAACAGCACAUGUCAGUUUGACCACAGCCCUCAGUUGAUUUGACUACAGCCACAAGUCAAUUAGACAACUAGUCUUGGUCGAUUCAACCACAUGAUUUAUUUUUAAAUCUUGUAUGUUUUCAAUACUCACCAGAGGCAUAUCUUAAUUAAAUAAAAAGUUUAUUAGCUUAUGUAAACUCUCCCACCCCCUGCAAAAAAAUUAGAGCAAGUUUGUUAGUGUGUUUGUGUAAGAAAGAGAACAUAUGUGCACUGACUUUGUACAUACACGUGUAAAAAUAUUAUUAAUUUUGCAUAUAUCACUUGACUAACUAGAAUUUUUAUUUUAAAUGUAGUUUUGUUUACAAGGAGCAACGAAUAUGUUAUAGUACAUGUCUUUUUUUUCAGUCAAUCAACUGAAGCCAGUCGUCAAAUUAACUAAGGGCUAUGGGGAAAUCGUUAAGUGCACAGUUGAAUUGGCAAAUGGUCGAAACGACUGGUGACCAGAUCACACACCCCAUUCAUGAUAGGAUAUUAGCAAAAUGUUAGUAGUUGCAUGUCUUAAGUACCUUGUUUGACAGUUAACCUGAAAGCAAAAUUAUUUUGAAAUAACUGAACUAAGUUCAUUACAAGAUACAAAUUCCUCAGAUUUUAGUGAAUAGCUCCUUUUGAUGUCAACUUAAAAGACUAUGAACAUCCUAAUUGGUAGAGGUGUCUUUUAGAGAGAUGAUCUCAUUUUUUGGUGAUAUCACAAAACAGACUGGCAUUUAUGGCAACACGUUUGUGUGGAAUGCUGUUACAUCCUGCACCCUUCAGUGAUAUCAGAAGUUAGAAUUUAUGGAUACACUAUAUCCACAUAUAGAUACACAGAGUGAGAAGACAUGCACACAGUUUUGUGUCAAACUAAUAACAGCUUAGGUUCUGUUUACUUCAUUAAUUGCCUGUUUAUGCUAAAAUUCAUGUUUGACUUGGGGCAGCCUUUAAUGGGUUUUCUAUUGGCCAGUCUUUCCAUAUCACAAUUCGAAUUUAGAUCAGUUUUUAUGUGUAAUUCAUGUCUCACAGGAAGUGCUUUAUCAGCCCAUGGUAGCCAUUAAGUUGGUUGGCAUUGUUGUCAUUCAGAAGCAUUUCAUCUGGCUAGUAAUUUUACAUGCACUAUUUUAGCAUGCAUACUAGUACACUGGUGGUUAGAAAUACACAUUUAUCCAUUCAUCAUAUGACUAGGGUGCCUUAGAGAGCAACAUGCAUUUGUCAUUCAUUGAACCGGUUCUGGCAAAAAGUGAUCAACGACUCGGACAUCUUGCAUAAGCUAUAUUGUUGAACAUCUUUGUACUUCAUUCAGUAGAUUUUUUCAUACUAUAUUCAGUAGAAGGUGCUUAGAUUCAAUAAGCAUGUGAAGAUUGUUCUUAAGAUGACGACACUUCUGUUCUUGUUUUUAUGAUUUUUUAUGUCGGAACAAAUUUCUGUUUUCUUCGGUAAAUCCAUUGUUUUGUUUCCUGUUGCUAUGCUUAUUGGAACAAAAAAUUUAUUUCUUUGCAAUUAUUCAUUAGUGACAUUCCAUGAAUAUUUUUGUACAUUUAAGUGGGAAAUUGUGUGCAAUUUAAAAUUUUUUUAAACCUGCAGAUGUGAAUGAUUGCCUUUUACUUAAGGUCUUAAUCAGAGGGAAUAAAAUUUUGUACUUAA